CCCUGUUUUUGGACCAUUAGAAGAGGAAGUGCCCGUAGGGUUUAUCGCUGUGGUGAACAAAGACUUUUUCCCGCCGUUGUGCUGGUUUUCCUCCUCAGUGGACCCACAGCCGCACACUAGAAAUCCUCUGAGCUGAGCUGAUGUUCAGAUGGACCGACUUCUGAUAGAGAGACGCGUCUGCAAGGUCCACGCUGGUCAGGAGAUCCAGACCUGAACUCAUCCCUGAAAUGUAAUGUCAGUCAUGCCGUCCUGCAGUUCUGCUCUCUGUUUCCUGAUCUUACUGACCACUACAUUCACUUCUGAACUCCAUACGCUUUAAGGUCUGACUGAGAAAAGCUGAUUUUGGGAUACUGAAGUGUUUUAAUAUCCUGUCUUACGAGUGUCUGUAUCAGCUGAUCUUCCAGUGAAGGUGAAGCUUCAUGACUCUGCUACUCUGCCCUGCUAUGAGAGAUGCUCUGGUUUAGCAAGAUGGACUGUGUUUCACAAACGCAGUGACACUCUGGCUGAGUGUGAUCAGACUUCAUGCAGAUCAGUGAAGGAGGGAUAUCAGAUGAUCCGUGAUCAGUACCUGAAGGGGAAUCUCUCUCUCAUCAUCACUGAAGCUGAUUUCAGUAAGAGAGGCUGGUACACGUGUGACUGCGCCAGCAAGGACGUCUGUGAUGUUCAUCUACAGAUUGAGCCCUUGAACACUACAGUUGAGAUAAUGGCCGGUGAAUCUCUGAUCCUGAGGCUGGAUGUAUCAGAUGCAGUGGAGGUGAUUUAUAACAGCACAGGCACACCUGGACCAUCCAGUGGUCAGAUCUGUACAGUGGAUGGACCCUCACUACAGUGUAAACCUGAAUACACACAGAGAUCAUCACUUACAUCUGGUCUUGAGUUGAGAAGAAUGACUCCAUCUGAGAGUGGAGUUUACAUUAUUAUGGACAGCAGGAACAAAGAGGUCAUUCACACCUACACAGUGACCGUCCAAGAUGUACAGCAGAGCUCGAUAUGGAAGGACGGCUAUCAGAAAGGAAACAGUGAUGGGUAUCAGAAGGGAAGUGAAGAUGGAUACCGUAACGGAUUGGGAAUCGGAGCAGUGGUUUUUGGGAUCAUGGCUCUGGCUCUUGGUGUAAUUCUGGGAAUGUUCGGUGGGCCACGGGUGCGUCCUCUGAUGGGCAGAUGUGUCCAGCGGUUCAGAAGAGAAGAUUCCUCAGACAGAAGAAGAGAUGAUCCCUCAGGUGGGCUACAAGCUGAAGACGUGGAAAGUGGUGUUGCCCUGGCCAGAGCUGCCCAGCCAGAGCUCGAGUCACAAAUCUGAUGACUUCAGACUUGACUCCAGAAAACUGAGAAAGACUUGUGACUCGACUUUGACUUCAACACCAGUGACUCUGACUUGGACUCGGACUUCAGCCUUAAGACUCUGAAAGACUUGAGAAAGUAGAAGAAACGUGGAGAGUCUGACUGCAGACGGCUUUUCUAUUAAAUCAGUUCUGUUUAAUAUAUAUGUGAACUUUGUAGUUCUGCAAUUGCAAAUUGUAGCUGAUCUUUUUCUCUGCACACUUUUUUAGCCCCCUUUCACAUCAUUGGUCAAUGAUCAGGACCCGCCCAGACCACCACAAAGCAGGUAUUAUUGGUUAAUUCUCAGCACCGCAGAGACGCUGACAUAGUAAAUGUGGUACUAGUGUAUCAGAUACAGCAAUGCUUUAAUCACCUCACAAGCGGCACUAACACACCAACACCACAUCAGUGUUACUGCAGUGCUGAGAAUGUAUAUGAAUAAUACCUGCUCUGUGGUGGCCCUGUUAAAAUGGAAAGGCGGCGCACUGUAUACAGAUAAACAGAUGGACUCCAGUCUGUAAGUCAGGAGUGCUGUAAAAAUAGCCAGUGAGCAUAUAUGUAGAGUACGUUUGGGAGAGAGAACAUCUGAAUCCUACCUGUUAAAAAGCAAUACAAGAAAGAGCAGGUUACUGUGAAUAACUGUCUUUUACAAUAGCAUAACCUUUAAAGUUCUGUUUUCAUACAACAGUUUUGCAAAGUAAAGAAAAAAACAAAGCAGGUAAGUCAAAUACAUGUUAAAAUACAUAAUACUGACACUGUCUUGUGUUAAAAGAAGCACUAAAAUAUUUAGUGUAAUAUGUACUAAUGUUACAAAGAGCAACACCAUAAACAUACUAUAAAUGAAAGUACCUGGAACAAUUCCUGAUCAGUUGAGAACCAGAAGCAGCAGUGGAUGGAAGGAUGGCUGUAAAAGAUAAAACAUUUGGUAAAGGUUUAAAAGACUAGCUUCAACAACUGAAACAGAUACAGGCACAUUUAUGUUGGCUAACUGCAUUUGUAUAAGCAUUCCAGCCUCUCGAAUCUAGUAAACAUGCUGCUUUUAUAGCUUAGAGAUAUUUUUCUGGCUUAUUCUGGAGUUGGUCAUCAGCGAGACCAAGCUAACAGCUCCACACAGCACAGACCGUAGUUAGCUAACAUAGGUGAGCUAGCUCGUUUCUGCGUUUCUGUCAUUCAAACACCCGUCAGUCUCUCAACGUCUCCCGUUCAGAUUUGAGCCCAUCAUGGUCAGCACCGGUCAGCCGGAGUGAACCGGUCGUCCAGCAGAGCCAUUAACUUAGCCUAAGCUCACGCAUACGUAGCUAAGCUAGCUAGGUUAUUACAGUGUACAGACAGGUCUAUUAUACCACAAAUUCAACACCGUCUUACUUUAAAACUGUAAUUUAGUUAAAAAGGCGCCGCUCAUAUUUUGUGAGAGCAAACAGUCACUAAAAGAGGAGGCGAGCUAGCGAGCUAUCGCUAGCUAGCUAACUCAAUUGUUAGCACGUGAUGUUUAUUUUUGUUUUGACAGAUGAAGAGUUCAACAUUCACAAACUACAGAAUUAGGUUUGAAUGAAUAUCCGAUUGAAAAGCUGCUGCUGCGUCAAAUAAACCUAUAAUUUAUUCACCAAAUUCAUUUUAAAUCCUGUCGAAGUUUGCAGAAGCGGCAGUUAUCGUCUCCGCGGUGAAGCGAUGGUGACGACUCGGAGCUCAAUACGGGUGGGAUCUGCUCUCCUCAAUACGGCUGUGAUCUGCUCUCCUCAAUACGGGUGGGAUCUUCCCAUAUGUCUUUUGCCGACACAUCAGAGAGACUCGCCAGGCCAGGCUUCUAUGCUAAUCAAAACUACAGUGCAGUCGCUAACUGCUAGCUUACAUUUGACUUACAGCACAGGAAGUUUGACAUGUUUGGUAGCUGCAGUAACUUAAAAGAAUGGGCAACUGCCACAGCAACAUACUUGUUUGCUAGCAAUAAUUAAAAAGGUCUUAUCUUUGGCAAGUUGGAGGACUGACCCCCUGAAACGUGUAGUCACGGAUGUCCAUGAGGCACAGAAUGCGUUGGGCGAAAGUGUGAGGUGAUUAAAACCAAUGACCUCCCAAUGAGUAAAAUCUAUCGAUUUUCUGCAUCGUUGUUGUUCCUGAUAAAACAUGAGUAAAUUCUACUCAGCUUAUCAUAGCUAAUUUUAUUCAACCGAACCUGCGUAAAAUGUAAUUAAUAAAACAUUCAAACUUAUUGGAUUCAGCUCAGUUUGAUUUCUAACUGAACAUAGUCUUUUUAUUAAGUAGAGGUUACUAUUAGUUAUCUAGUAAAUAUUAAUUAACCCCAGUCCCACUUUUUACAGUGUGUAGUGUUGAAACAAUGCAGGUUGGGUCCAUGGAUUUGUGCUGUUUAUAGGCCACAUUCUGAUUAUCUACAUGUCGAAGCUGAAAUGUAGAUUCAUCAGACCAGGCCACACUUUUCCAGUCUGUCCAGUUUUAGUGAGCUUGUUCUCACUGUUGCCUCUUGGCAAAGAGGAGCAGAACCUCAUGUGGUGUCUGCUGUUGUAGCCCAUCCACCUCACGGUUGGACGUGUUAUAUGUUGAGAGAUUCUUUACUGAUCACCCCUGUUGUUCAUAGUGGUUAUUCAAGUUACUCUCGGCUAGAACAAGUCUGGCCAUUCUCCACUGACCUCUCUCAUCAACAAGCUGUUUCUGCCCACAAGACUCACUCAGAAGUCUCUUGUUCCCCAUGCUGAUAUUUGAUGUAAAUUCAUUUAUUUAUAAACUAGUCUUAAUGUAAAUGUUAAUGUAAAUCUAGUUCUGUGAACUAGUUCUAGAGUUCUGUGCCUUGUUUAAGCUCUGUUGUGAGACUAAAAGGACUCAGCGAAACUAACAAAGUGCCUCAGAGAAACUCUAUCGUGACUGCACUGCCAUAAAAAAACACAAAAAAAUGAUAUAGUAUAUAGUGCCACAGUAUUUUCUGAGCAUUUAUAUACACAAAAAGCAAAUAAAAAUCUUCAGUUGAUAUGUUUUAUCAGCAAGUGUGCUUGUCUUCAUUGCAUUGGAACCCUGAAUGUGUUUCAGUCUGAUUAUUUUGAAAUGACUGACUGUAUAAAGU